ACACCUUUCAUUCUUUCAGCGAUCGUGCCCGUAGUCGGUCGUGUGUUUCCGAGUUCAACUGCAGCGGCUGGCCAGGUGUCGCGUGUGAUUUUCUUUUUUUUGUUCGUUUUUUUUCGGUUAUCGUGGGAGGUCCUCGGGAAAUUGACGGUUUGUUGUUUGCGAGUACACGGUUAAGAAUCAGAUAGUCAGAAUGAAUUACAAAUUGCUAGUUUGGUGUUGCCUUCUGGUGCCUCUGGUAGCAUCGUUACCGCAAGAGGAUGGGCUUAGAUCGUUACUGCUGCAGAGAUCUCGCCAGAGAAGUAAAGGUCAGUUUGCUCCGACGGAUAACGACGGUAGGUCAAUGAGUGUGGGGGAGGAUUUUGUCAGCCAUCGUAACCGACGAGACAUUCAUAUACACACUAACCUUCAUAAUAUCGAUCACCCUCAUCAAAAUGGUCUGAAUUAUCUAAAUCACAAUCAUCACCAUCAUUAUCAUCACAGACGUAACCACCGCAUUAAUGCAAAUCAUGUUCAGCAUAAUUCACGCUUUUUUCAUCAUAAAUCCAUCGUUGAUAACCGGAGUGGAAUGCAAAAGAGGCAAGGCUUUCGUAGUUUAACUGAUGCACAAAAGCUGCUUUUAGACGCAGAGAUCGGCGCGGUUGCACAAAGGCACGAACAGCAGUUGCGCCAGCUUGCAUUCGGGAACUUCACGUCCUUUAGCGAGUAUUUUCUCGAUAACCUGAAGAAGAGUAACACCGCUGUGAAGUUUGCAUUUGCACAAGGCUUAGGUGACAGUGGUGGUAGUAGUACAACGAGUGAAAUCCCGUUUUACGAUGAAAUAAUCGAUGAUGGCAAACUAGCUCUCGGUGCUGGGCUGGGCGCCACUGCCACAAGUAACCCUAGUCAAUCCAAGACAGAAACGCAGCCAUCGCCACUGCCGCCACCACCAGCUUCUUUAUUAACACUUGAUCAAGCGACAGUCAUAAUCCCUGCUAAAGUAUGGGGUGAAGGUAUAUAUAAACAUGAAGAUCUAAGCCGUCCUGGAAUUCCAAUUGCUGACACAAUUGAGGCCAAGAGUGAAACUACGGAAUCUUCCGGUGAUGCUGUAUCAACAAACAGCACACCGUUGCCGUUUACCAAAAAAGGUCUUCACCCGUUGUUGUCAUAUAAAAAGAAUCAAUUGCUAGGAAAAGAAGUCAAUGCAAAGGCAGUUGCCGAAGGAAGCGAAAGCACUGCUACUGCUUCCCCUGCGAGUACUGCUUCAGGCUCUUCCGGUACAUCAGUUGAGUCGUCAUCGACGUCAGUUGGCACGACACGCCGUACGCGUCCCACACGUCCUGGGGGCAGUCGCGUUACCACCAGUCGUAUCACUACUUCCCGCACUCCGAGAACCACAACGAAACGUAAUGCCGCAACAUCAACUGAAGCCAGCGUUUCCACUACGCCCAGGUCAACGCGCGCUCGCCGUGGGCGUCCUACCAGACCAUCGAAACUAACAUCCACUAUCACUGGUGUCUCAUCCGAUAACCCACGAUCAACAUCGACAACAGUAACAACGACUACGAGAAUAGCAUCUCCAGCGGCUGCGCCUCUGGAAGCUUCACCAACUGCAAUAAUUCCCGUAUCAACGAUUGUCAGCAGUAGUAGCAGUAGCACAUCAACGUCAACAUCAACUUCAACGUCCACGACUACGUCGACUUCAACGCCAGAAGCCAGACUGACGGCUGUUUCAUCGACCGCAGAAGGAGCAGUGCACUCUCUGCCAGUGGUGUCACAAUCCUCGAUGCAGCUGGCAACCGUCGAGAACUCCGUCACUCCUAAGUAGAGUGCUGUCAAAGUGGAAAUCUUCGAUUGUUCUCGUGUUUUAUGCAUUAGGUUAAAAUAAAAUACAAUAAAAUUGUGAACAACAGAAAUGUGAUUGAAAUUGGAAGUUUGUGAAAAAAAAAAUUAGUUUUUCAGGUAA